UUGAUUCCAGCUGAAAACUUCAUAAAAUGUAAAAGGAAUGACGGGACGCUCAACGACUGUCUCAAAGGCGCGGUUCCAGACGCCCUAAGAAAGAUGGUUGAAGGUAUCCCAGCUCUCUCAGUUCCACCCUUGGAGCCCCUCUUUGUGUCUGGUAUGAACAUCGAAUCAGGAGCCGGGCCCGUCACCAUCACUCAAAAUUACCGCAACAUCAAACUACACGGACUCACUGACUCCAUACUUACCACUUAUAAAGCUGAUCUCAAACAUCACCGCUUACGCACCGACUCUCUGACGCCUAAAAUGGAGUUUAUAGCGGACUAUGUGAUGAAAGGCAGAAUACUUGUUUUGCCCAUACAAGGAAAAGGAGUCGCGAAUAUUACUAUGGUAAAUCUCGUUGUAAAGCACGAUCUGAUCGGCGAGCCAGUUGUCAAGGACGGGGAGACCUUCAUGCACAUCAAGGACUACAGAAUUAAGUUCAUCCCAGAGAAGGUAAACCUUCACUUCUCCAACCUCUUCAACGGUGACAAGAGACUAGGAGACCAGAUGAACAUAUUCCUCAACGAGAACUCUGAUUUAGUCUUCAACGAAUUAAAAGAAUCGUAUGAGAAAAGUCUCAGCUCCGUAUUCCAAGACGUGACCAACAAAAUCUUCGACAAAGUACCCAUGAACAAAAUCUUUAUUGAAAAUUAA